AGAGAGAAAGAGAGAGAGAGAGAGAGAGAGGGAGAGAGAGAGUAGGCUAAGCCAUAAUGAGUGUUACUACGCUCGCAGUGUAAAUCAGUUUCACGGCACGAAGAGAGAUCAGCCUCCCCAGCACGAGAAACAGACUACUAGGGAUUUUAAAUCCCCAUGCGUGGAGUUCAACACUAUUAUCUCCAGUCGGUCAUUACUUGAUCAUUUACUUUUAACAUGUCCAAACGAUAGACGCUGUAGCACUCUUUGGAAAUUUCUUUUCCGAGGAUAUUUCUCUCAGUGUUCCCGGAGCCAUGGCGGUGGAAGGGCGGCCGGAGCUGGUCGGUAAACGGUUCCUGUGUGUGAGCGGCGAGGAGCCGCUGGGGCGCGGGGAGAUCUCACGCUGUGGCUGGCGAGCUGGGGUCAUUCGUGCUGUCACCAGCCGAGACAUCGACACUCCGGACUUUUCGGUGUGUGUGGAGUUCGACCAUGAGGAGUGGGAGAAGCGGCAGUGGAUUCGGGUGUUUGAGGACUUCCAGAUCUUUCUGCUGGAGCAGGGGCUGGUGUGGGCGCGCCGGAGUGUGGGGAGCCUGCCCUGCCACGGUCCCAACGGCUCCAACGGCAAACCCGUUCUCUGGCCGGCGCUGAGUUUCCGGACGCUGGUGGGACAGGCUUCAGUGGGGCCGGUGUCAGUGGUGGAGUUCUUCUCUGACAGACAGCUGGAGUUUCACCCCCGGGAUGUCAUACACCAGCCUUAUCAGGAUGAAGCCGACAUUCUGAGUCCUCUGCUGAGGGACAAUCCCUCCCUCCAGGAGGAGGUUAAAGCCUGGCUCAAACAACAGAAGGUCCAGGAGAUUUUCAUGCAAGGGAAGUACUCACUGAACGGACUGCGAGUGAAAGUGUACAGACAGGAUUCAGCCACUCAGUGGUUCACUGGCAUCAUCACUCACAAUGAUCAGCACAGCAGAACAAUGAUCGUCAUGAAUGACCAGGUCCUUGAGCCCCAGAACGUGGACCCGUCGCUGGUCCAAGUGAUGUUUAUAGAUGACGUAGUGCACUCUCUACUGGCGGGGGAGAAUGUCACGGCCAGACGCAGAUCUCGCUCCAACAAGACAAACCUCCCCGCACAUGGUCCGUUGCGAGGUCAGUCGAGCAGCCCUGGGCCCAUGGUGAGCAGGCAGCCUCUGAGCUCCUGCCCCCCUGUGCGCCUGAGCUCCGACUGCAGCGCGCUGGCCGAGGAGGAGUACGGCAGAGAGGAAGAGGAGGAUGAGAGGAUAAAGGAGGGGAGGAGAGGAUCUCCUGACAACGGGAGGCAAGAACCUUCCAAGAGUAAAUGCAAGCCUGGCGUGAGCAAAAGGAGGAAAGGUGUUAAGGAGGAGGAGCAGGAGGAGGGGGAGAGAAAGGAGGCUGCAAAGCGGCUCCGAGGGCCCGGUGGCUCCGACCCGUACGAGAGCAACGACACAGAUGUCUGCCAGCGAGACCCAGACUCCUCUCCUCUGUUUGACAAAAUGCACAAGAGCCCCUACGCAUCAAAGCCAUCGGCCAAACGGGAGAAACCCCAGAGUGCUGUUGGGCCAGAGGUCUGGACGCAGAAGAAGCACCCCUCCCAGCGGGCUGCUGACGAGGAGGCAUUGAGCCAAUCGGCUGGCAGCAAACGUCAGGAAGUGGAGAAGCCCCGCUCCGUGCUGAGCCAGUCGGCCACCCCCAGCGCUCGCUGUAAUGGUUUAGCUGUGGAGACUGGAGCCGCCCUAGUGGUGGAGAGGAGAGGGGAGGGCACAGAUAGAGGAGGUGAGGAAACAGAAACCCGACACGAUGGAACGUCUCACACCGAAGACUCAGAGGCUGUCUCUGCACUGCUAGCCUAUCAGGAGAGCGAGCGGCUGGUUUCCAUGGAGACGUCGGCCUGUGUUGUGUUUAACGCGCUGCCGGGGGAAUGUGAGCUACCUGAGAGCGAGCUGCCCCCUGACACGGAGGUCAAGAGUUCAGACGACACCACGCCAGAAGCUAUGGCCCUCGGCAGCCAAUCAGAGGCAGGCACCGGGCAGCGGGAGGAGCAGGUCGCUCGGAAUCCUCCCCCCCCCAGGCAGGGCGCCACCCCUGAGAAGUCUGGGGGGGCAGAGAAGCCCACAUCCCCCAGCAACUCCAGAUCUACUCCCAAAGGUGACCAAGGGUGCGACGCAGCCCCCAGGCCCAAGAGCAGCCCGUGUCCCAGUCCUCCUGAAAACCUCAAGUCCAAACAGCACAUUUCCACAGAGAGUGUGUCCCCUGAGUUGGGACGGCACCGGGUCAAGCGCACAGGCAGCUCACCAAACGGCGCUGAGCCUGAGCUGCUGCAUUCUGGGUAUAAAACACAGCCUGUCCCCGGCCCGGUGAACCCAACACCAGUUCCUAACCAAACCCAAACCACCUUCUCCAACAAAACCCCCAUGCCGGCUGCCAUCCACACCAAAAUCCAUAUGCCUGUCGCAAAGCAAACAACAGCAGCCAGCACCAAACUACACCCCCAAACCCACACAGCUGUCACCCCAACAAAAGCUCCAGCUGCAGCCUCCUCCACCAAAAACUCCACCCAUGCCGCAAAUCGUGGCACAAUCAGCAUCACCCCUACAAAGCCCCACAUCUCACCCAUUACCCCCACCAAAACCCACCCCAACCACAGCCGCACUUCUGUACUCAACCAGUCCCCAGUCAAGACUCCUACGAAAGCCUCUAACCAUACCACUAACAGUACUCCAACCAAGAGUCCACUGAUUGUGGACCGCAAUGAGCCCUUCACCGUGUACCGAGACCCAGCCUUGGUUGGGGAGGACCUGGAUGUCUUGCAGCCCCAGGGCAACGUGGCCUACAUCCACCCGUCUCCCCACGCUGGCCACACCAAACAUGCCUCUCUUCCGGCCCCUCGGCCCUCUCCCCAUGCGGCGCAGCAGGCGAUACACGUGUCCACCGCCAGCAACUGCUCGCUCUCGGCGCCGCGGUCCACGCACGCCACGCACCUCAGCCCUCCCCCCUCGCACACUCCGCACCUCCUCAAGACGCCCUCGCCCUCCUCCCAGUCGGCCCUCUCCUCCCUUGGCAGCCACGUUCUCCCGGCAGCGCCCCCCCACCCCUCAUUGCCCCACCCUCACCUGCUGCCCUCGCUCCUGCCCGCCCUGUCUCCCUCCGCCGCCCUGCUCGCCGGACACGGGCCCCUGGGCGCCCUGGGCCUCACCCCACACCCGCUCUCCCCUGCACUGCUGGGGCAGACCGCUCUGGGCCUCUACCCCCUGCUGUGGCCCCAUUACCCCAAUGGAACGCACCCGUACACGGCCCUGGGCCUGUCUGCGGCCAAGUGGACGCACCCCGACAGCGCAGGCAUGACUGAGGGCAGCCUGAAGAGGAACACCCCCAGCCCGUGGCUCCCCCAGGCAUCUCUAGUGGAGGGUCAGGGCCUGAGGACCCCCGUGCCAGUGAGGCCGGCCAGUGCAGACCCCCAUCACUCGGUCAAGAGCAACCCCCACACCAGCCCAUGCGUCUCCAAGACCACUGAAGAGGAGAGAAAGACGUUGACAGCGGAUCCGUUACGAGGUGCUGUCACAACGCAGAUUAAAGCUGACCCAGACCGCGUUCAGAACGUGGUGUCGAAGAAUGGCCAGAUGCACAUGACCUCGCACACGCACCGGCCCUUCCUGUCCGACUCGCUGCCCUGUCGGCCCAAACCGUCGCGGCCAGCAGCCUUCGAGUCAACUACCGACCGUUGCAACAGCCGCUACCAGGAGGAGAGCCGGCGCAUCCUGCAGGAGAGCAUCGAGGUGGCCCCCUUCACCGCCAAACUCCAUCCACCUCCGGGCCAGGAGAGGGAGCCGCAGUACCCCCGAGUGCCUCCCCAGGAGCGCGAACGGGAGCGAGAGAGGGAACGUGAACGGGAGCGAGAGAGGGAGCGCGAACAAGAGCGUGAGAGGGAAAGAGAAAGAGAGAGAGAAAGAGAGAGAGAACUGCAUGCGCUCCGAGCCCCUCUGGCGCAGCCGUCGGCUCCGAGCAACUACUACUCGUCCCUGUGCAGCAGCGUGGCUAAUGAGCCCCCUAGACGCCAGACGCCGGCUGCCGAGCUCUCCGCUCUCUACGACAGAGCAUGCAGCAGCAGCGGUAUUAGCCUUAGCGUUAGCGGAGGCCCCACGUUUAGCAUCUCCAGCCAUCACUCACCACUCAAGGUCCUCCACAGCAAGCCCCCUCCUCUGGUGAAGCGUCACCCUGAGAAAGAGGAGGGACUCCUGGGGAAAAUCAGCGAGCGCCUGGUGCAUCAGGCCUCCUCCCUGGAGCAUCACUCUCAGAGGCUUUCGGAGCGAGGAGGCUCUUUACCCGUGUGCUCCUCGAUCUCUUCGUCCUCCCCCGUUUACUCAACCUCGUCUCUCCGCUCGAUGCCGUCACUUCACAGAGCACCCAUCUUCCACCCGCCAGCUCCUCCCAUACCAGCCAGAAAAGAGGCGGGGCAAGGCAGGCUGACCCCUCCCACACUAACACCUGUGCAGCCCAUGUGCCUGCCAGGAGUGAAGCUUCCGGAACAGCAGCGGCCGCCCACCCUGCAGCCUGAGCCCAAGCGCCAAGCCGCCGCAGCAGCAGCAGCUGGGAAAAGAGCCUUAGACAUGGGAGCCAAGAUGAACCAGAUGUACCAUCAUCACCACCACCAGCACCAGCACCACCACCACCACCACCAUCAGCACCACGUCCAAGAGGUGUGGAGGAGCCCCCAGCACCUGGACAAACCCACCAAUGGACACGGAGCGGCCAAGCAGCCGUCCGCCACAGCCUCCGUUAUUGUGCGGCCAUCGUCGGCGAAGGACUCGGGGGUGAACGAGCGCCUGAUGAUGGCCCUGAAGCAGACCGAGCGGGCCAGAGCGUCCAGCGAGCACAGAGAGGUCGGUCGCGUGGGUCAAACCAACGCGCCGUUCAAGGAAGGGUGUGUGCAGUACAAGAGAGGCAUCCUGUGGACUCCCCUGGACAGUGUCCACUGCCCCCAUACCACGCUGGCAAAAACAGACCACACCGUGUCUGCUGUUGCCAUAGAAACUGGUAGCAAGUCUUACGCCGUGUCCACUGCUGUUUCCAUGGCAACUGGUCAGCCUCCAAGAGACCGCACACCUGUGCCGUGGAGAUCGGGACUGGCGGCCGAGGAAGACAGCCGAGGGACUGACAGGACCCACGUUGACUUGACUUCCUUCUCCCCCAUCUCCACUUCCUGUGUGGUUGCACCCUGCCGUUCCACCGGGGACUUUAUGCACCUGAAGAAGCACAGGGCUGCCUUGGCUGCUGCCCAGUCCAGGAACAACACACACAUGGCUCAAACAUCACACAGUACCCACAUGCACGCGCACACGCACGCCACUUUGCAGGCCACAAGUGCAGGAACACACAGCGCAUCCAGCACCCACCCUCUUGAGAAGGACCCUGCCCUCGGAGCCAGCCCACCCAAACGCCCCAGGCCAGCUGGCGCCAUGCUGGAGGGGGCCUCCCAGAGCAGCAGCAUCAGCCCAGGCACCCUCAGCAAUGGGCAGACUCCCCCUCAGGCUACGAGCAGCCAGGCGUACAACCCCGUGCAGAACAACUACCACAAACUGAAGAAAGCCUGGCUCACCCGCCACUCCGAAGAGGACAGCAAAAGCACCAGCGGCCCUGAUGGGGACAUCACUAACCCCGCCUCGAACUCCACACAGCCAAUCAGGGGCCAGGGGGACAGGAAGACCACCAGCGAAGAUAGGAAGCUGAGCCCAGACGAGAGGAAGUCUACACCAGAGGAGCGAAAGACGGUGCAGGAGGACAGGAAGCCACCUCAGGAGAACAGGAAGUGCAGCACAGAGGACCAGAAGGCCGGCGCUGAGGAGCAGAAGAGGGGGGAGAAGCGUGCGUUUGAGUCCAGCACGGAGAGCGACAGCGAGGAGGACAGCGGCAAUGAGAGUGAGAACAAAGGAGGGGAGUCCAGGCUGAAACUCGAGCCCAAAUCCACCUCCAAGAAGAAGCAACAUGACCAGCAGAAGAAGAAAGGGGAGAGCGAAAAGGAGGAAGACGAGGUCAAACCGAACGGAACCUUCCGGAGUGCCAAAGAGAAGACCAGACUUAGGAUGUCCAGCAGCAACGGGAUCCCUCGCUCGGUGCUAAAGGACUGGCGUAAGGUGCGCAAGUUGAAGCAGAGCGGCGAGGCGUUCCUGCAGGACGACGCCUGUGCCGAGAUCGGCCCCAACGUGCAGAAGUGCCGCGAGUGCCGCGUCGACCGCAGCCGCAAGUCGGAGGAGCCCAACACCUCGCCUGUCUUCUGUCGCUUCUACUACUUCAGACGAUUGUCUUACAGUAAGAAUGGAGUGGUGCGAGUGGACGGCUUCUCCGUCCCGGAGCUGUCGGAUGAAGCGGCCGUGAGGGUCUGGACAACGGGUGCUGUUGGUGAUAGGGAGGAGAAGGAGGAGGAGGAGGAGGAGGAGGAGGAGGAGGAGGAGAAAGAGAAAGAGAAGGAGGAGGAGAAGGAGAAGGAGAAGGAGAAGCAGGAGGAAGAGGAGACCCAGAUGGACCUGGAGACGGCCAAGCACAUCCUCAGCCACAUCGGAGACAAGUUCUGCCAGCUGGUCAAGACCGAGAACAUGGCCGUCACGUGGAUUAAAAAAGACACCCAGAUGGUGUGGAAGCGUGCCGUGCGCGGCGUACGGGAGAUGUGUGACGCGUGUGAGGCCACUCUCUUCAGCAUGCACUGGGCCUGUCACAAGUGUGGCUUUGUGGUGUGCAUGGACUGUUACAAAGCCAAAGAGCGCAAGAGCGCCAGAGAUAAGGAACUGUACGCAUGGUUCAGGUGUGUGAAGAACCAGCCCCACGACUUGAAGAAUUUGAUGCCGACACAGAUAGUUCCAGCUGAAAUCUUGGCUGGGCUGUUCACGUCAGUGCACUGCAUGAGGGAGAAGUGGGACAUCACGGCCAGCUGUGGCUGCACUGAGACACACUCCACCCAGAACUCCACCCUGGCCCCCACCAAUGGAGUCGCUUCGGUGCUGAACAGCGCUGCUCUGAAGGCCAAGAGCAAGCACCCGGCCGCCUGCAAGACGGAGAGCCUGGAGAAGAAGCCCAACGGCUCCCAGAGUGCCAAGCCCAACGGGCUGUGCGGGGGAGACAGCGACGGGGCGUCCGAGGGCAAACACACUCCUGCCGAGUCCCAGUCUCCGCUCCACUUCCUGGCCGACCUGGCCGAGCAGAAGUCCCGUGAGGAGAAGAAAGGAGGGAGGGCACUGAAGCCCGAGCCAGGCGAGCUGCUGGAGUCUCUGAAUGGCAAAUGCACAGACCAGGGCUCGACCCUGCGUGACCUACUGACCUCCACCGCCGGCAAAUUGCGCCUGGGUUCCACAGACGCCUGCAUCGCCUUCGCACCUGUUUACAACAACUCCGAGCAGAUGACCAAACCUGUUCACAGCAUGCCCAACAUCCUGGAUGACAUCAUCGCCUCUGUUGUGGAGAACAAGAUCCCGGCCUCUAAGAUGGCCAAGCUGGGCCUCAAACAGGAAGUGAUGCAAGAGGAUGAGGGAAAGGCCAGGGUGGAGCCUGUCAAGACAGAGGACGAGGAGAAGCCAGACAUAGUGCCGCCACACGAUUGGCUGGGAGGAGACCACCAGCUGCUCUGGCUGAAAGACCCCAGUCACCACGGCAACUACAGGCUGUUCAGGGAAUGCUGGAGACAAGAGCAGCCUGUGCUGGUAUCAGGUCUUCAUAAGCUGAUGACCCCCGGUCUGUGGAAGCCUGAGGCCUUUAGCAGGGAGUCCUCUGGUCACCAUGGCGACCUCCUAAACUGCAGGGACGGCAGUGUGGCCAGUGGGCGGGUCAAAGAAUUCUGGGAAGGAUUUGAGGACAUGAGCAGGCGGCCUAAGACUGCAGAUGGGGAAAUGGCAGUGCAUCGGUUGAAAGACUGGCCAUCAGGCGAGGACUUGAUAACUGCCAUGCCUUCCAGAUAUGACGAUGUGAUGAGAAACCUGCCGGUCCCUCAGUACUGUGACCCCGAGGGCGUCUUCAACUUGGCCUCCCGCCUGCCCACCUUCUUCGUGCGGCCGGACCUCGGGCCCAGGCUCUGCUGCGCAUAUGGAGCGUUCACAACCCCAGAGCAGACCUUUGGAACAGUGAACCUUCACGCAGAGGUCUCUGACACCAUCAGUGUGCUGGUGUAUGUGGGCAUGGCCAAGGGCAGCGCAGCUCCAUCCAAAACAGCUGUGCUGAAGCGUUUGGAGCGUGAGGAUCUGGAGGAGAGUGUGAGGAGGAGGCUGCGAGACCCCGCGGAGACGCCAGGAGCGCUGUGGCACGUCUACAUGAGCGGAGACCUCCACAGGGUGCAGGAGUUCCUGCGCAAGGUGUGGCGAGAGGGCGGCGGGCAGAAGAGCUCAGGGUCAGCUGGCGUUGCCAGGGAGACGGAGGGCGAGUCUGACGGGGAGGUGGAGCACCUGAGGGAGGGGAGCUGCUACCUGAGCCCGGCGCUGCGCCUGCGUCUGCAGCAGGAGCAGGACGUGCGCUGCCACACCGUCCUCCAGUUCCACGGAGACGCACUCAUCCUGCCCGCAGGAGCCAUGCACCAGGUGCUGAACCUCCACGGCUGCGUCCAGGUGUCCAAUGACUUUGUCUCUGCUGAGCACGCUCACAACUCCUACUACCUGACCCAGGAGCUGCGCAGCACUAAAGACCUGGUCAACUUUGAAGACAAACUACAGGUGAAGAACAUCCUUUACCAUUCAGUGAAGGACGCUAUUGCCGCGCUGAAGCGCACUUCUGAAGAGACAGAUGCUAAGACGCCACAGAAGGAGAAGGAGGAGGAGAAGGAGAAGGAGAAGGAGAAGGAGAAGGAGGAGAAGGAAGCUUCCUGACGCUCUGUCCCGACUCAGCCUCUCCUGCGGGAGGGGUGAGCCUGCUGCAAGCCCGGUGGUGAGCGUGCACGUGAGGGUGGGACUGUCAGCCGUGCACGUGCAAAGCAGGCUCUUCCAGCAGAAAGCAGAACAUUCCUCUGCUGCUGCAGCCGAGUCUGGUAUCCAGACAGGUUGCAUGCAGAGUGCCCAGCCGGAGCCCAACAACUCCAGUGCAUCUAUUUUCUCCAGUGAUCUGACUGUCUAUAGAGAUGUACAGUAUGUAAAACAUGAAAAACAUUAUUAAAAAAUGUAUUUAGUAUUUAUUUGGAGAGGGCAUUUUAGAAAUCUCUUCUAUGUGUUAUCGCGAUCAUGGGUUUGGAUUGUUUUUGCCUGAUGGACAUGAGCAUUGGACAGUGAGAAACUCACCAAGUCCACCACUUGACAGACAGCUAGUGCUAAAUUGUUCUCUGCAUAAAGUCAUUAUAUUUAAAGGCUAAUGUUAAAUUAUUUAGUUCGCAGGACUUCACUGUGCAAUGGGAUAAAACCUCAAAAGAGGUUGUAAUUUAUUGAGGUUGAAUGUGUGUUUAAAAAAUUAUAUAUGGUGACAUUUUGACAAAAAAAAUUAUGUAAAUAUGAAAGUAUAUAUAUAUGCAUACAUUGGAUAAUGUAUUUUUCUAUAACAUGCUUUGUUUUGGAUUUGUUUUAAAUGUGUUUCUGUGCUUUGUACAUUUGAGUCAAAAAGCUGUUUUACAUUUUCCAUUAAAAAUGGAUUUAUCAAAAUCUGAGAAAAAAAAAUUCUUUCUAU